AUAGUUUCCCCGAGCAUUCUCUUUAAUUAGUUAGAAAUUCAACAGGUUUUGCUAACAUGGAGAAAGAUGAAGGAAACAAAGCACAUUCAAGUAAUGUAGAGCUAAAUUUGGGGCUUUCAUUGAACGGUAACGGAAAUUCUUCUUCUUCUUCGCCGUCGUCUCCAGGUGGAUCAGAAGAAAGUGUUGCUUCAAAUGUCAUUCAGUCUGAAACUCAACAACCACAUAUUCAAGGGAGAAUUGAUAGAGAGAAGCUCAGAGACUUCCUGCUAAGCAAGCCUUGUGUUUCCACAAAAGGUGACGGACCACAUGGAAAGGAGAUCAAAGGACGCUUAAACUUGUUUAAGAAGUAUGAAGAUCUGAGGAUUGUUUGUGAUUGUCAUGGUGUUUUACUAACCCCAGCUGAAUUUGUCAAACAUGCUGGAGGAAGUGACGAUGAGAACACUUUAAAGAAAAUACUUAUUGACUAA